AUGUUGCCACCGCCGCUGCCCCUCUUCUCCCCGUCCCCAAAGGCCCCGCCUCCGCCGCCAUGGCUCCACGGGUCCUCCACCCAAAGCCGCGACUCCGCACCCCCGGUGCCUCCACCCCCCGCGGAGGCAACUCCUCCCAAGCCCCGCACCGACAGCCCCAAACUGGCACCGGCAAGGAAAAGCACCAAAACAACAGCCAAGCCCCUCACUGCCGGAGUCCCCGGGGGCCGCACCCACCGAGCGGUCCUCGGCAUCAUCCGGCGCGUUCGCUCCCUCGAGCUCUCCGAUGCUCCGAAACCGAGCUCUGUCCACACCAGCAACGCCGGUGCAGCCGCCGCAUUCCACCUUCCAAUCGAGCCGUCCCCGCCGCGGGAACCAGGCCAAGAAGUGGUGGGGAAGGCGAAGCCGCGGGCGGUUCCGUGGGCGGCUGCUAGGGACGAGGGCCUCAAGGUCGCGCUGCGGCGGGAGAAGAAGCCGCGGGAGCCGACGCGCGCCGAGACCGAGCUGGAGACCGACGAGCUGGACCGCCUGCGGCGGUUGGCGCGCGGGAUGGGCAGGUGGGUGCGGGCCAAGAAGGCCGGGGUCACUGACGAGGUGGUGAAGGAGAUGCGAAGGGAAUGGGCCAGUACUGGUGGUGAGGAGCUCGCCGCCGUGCGCAUCGUCGAGCCACUCCGCCGGUCCAUGGACCGCGCCAGGGAAAUUCUCGAGAUAAAAACAGGAGGCUUAGUUGUCUGGACAAAAGGAGACAUCCAUUUUGUCUACAGAGGAAGCAAAUAUCAGCAAAACGCAAAGCAUAGUCACACUUCUCUAACUAAUGUUCAUAAAGGCUCUCUAGUAAAACAUAAUGUUCGUACAACCCUACUUAAGUAUGGGAGCGAAGGUCCAGCGUUAAUCAACAGUUAUGGUGAAGCAGAUGAUGCUUUUCAAGAAAACAAUCAAAGUAUUUGUGACCAGAAGGAUGAAGAACCUGUCAAGGGAACACUAUAUGAGAGAGAAGUCAAUAGACUAUUGGACACUUUGGGCCCUCGAUUUGUUGAUUGGUGGUGGGACACACCAUUACCUGUGGAUGCUGAUCUCCUCCCAGAGUUUGUUCUAGGCUUUAAGACUCCAUUUAGGCAGUGCCCUCCUAGUGUGAGACUCACACUAGCUGAUGAGGAGCUGACAUACUUGCGCAAGCUUGCACGCCCUUUGCCAACACAUUUUGCCCUUGGUAGAAAUACAAGAUUGCAGGGUUUGGCUGCUGCUAUACUGAAACUUUGGGAGAAAAGCCUUAUAGCAAAAAUUGCAGUGAAAGUAGGUAUCCAGAAUACGAACAAUGAACAAAUGGCAUGGAACCUGAAGCAUCUUACAGGAGGCACUGUGAUAUUGAGAAACAAGUAUUUUAUUAUUCUAUAUAGAGGCAAGGAUUUUCUUCCUGGUGGAGUUGCUCAAACUGUUAUUCAACGAGAAGCUCAGGUACAUGAUGAACAGGUGAAGGAAGAGGAAGCUCGACUGAAAGCAGUUGACUCACUUCAGAUGGUUGGUGAAUUAUCAUCUGAAGAAAGUUCUGUAGGAACUUUCAGGGAGUAUCAGGAUUUCCAUGCUGACCUUGUGCAUGAAAAUACUGAAAAGUCCAACAUCAUGAUUGAACUAGGGGCCGAGAAGUAUAGAUUGGAAAAGGAACUGAAAGACCAUGAAUGGAAGCUUUCCAUUCUCAACAAGAAGAUUGAAAGAUCUAACCAGGCACUGGCAAAGCUUCACAGUUCUUGGAGCCCUUCAGAUCAGUCUGCUGAUAGAGAACUCUUGACAGAAGAGGAAAAGAUGAUGUUCCGCCGGAUUGGGUGCAAAAUGGAUGGGCUUGUUCUCCUAGGAAGACGGGGUAUCUUUGAUGGUGUAAUUGAAGAGAUUCACCAGCACUGGAAACAUAAAGAGGUUGUGAAAGUAAUUACAAAGCAGAAUCAAGCCCGACAGAUCAUGUACACAGCGAAUCUGCUUGAGGUUGAGACAGGUGGAAUAUUAAUAGCAGUAGAAAAGCUCACAACCAGCCAUGCCAUAAUACUUUACCGUGGAAAAAACUAUCGCCGCCCAGCAAAAUCAUCAUUUAGUAAUCUCCUAACGAAAAGAGAAGCGCUCCGAAGAUCAAUUGAGGUCCAACGACGAGGGGCUGAUGGCCAGAUGCCUGGUGACAAGACCAUUGGGGGAGGUGAUGAUGCUUUCAACACCUUCUUCAGUGAGACUGGCGCUGGGAAGCACGUCCCCCGUGCUGUGUUUGUUGACCUUGAGCCCACUGUCAUCGAUGAGGUGAGGACUGGCACCUACCGCCAGCUCUUCCACCCAGAGCAGCUCAUCAGUGGCAAGGAGGAUGCAGCCAACAACUUCGCCCGUGGUCACUACACCAUUGGCAAGGAGAUUGUUGACCUGUGCCUUGACCGUAUGAGGAAGCUUGAGGACAACUGCACUGGUCUCCAGGGCUUCCUCGUCUUCAACGCUGUUGGUGGAGGAACGGGAUCUGGCCUUGGUUCCCUCCUCCUGGAGCGCCUGUUUGUUGAUUACGACAAGAAAUCCAAGCUCGGGUUCACGGUGUACCCAUCCCCCCAGGUCUCUACCUCGGUGGUUGAACCAUACAACAGUGUCCUGUCCACCCACUCCCUCCUCGAGCACACUGAUGUUGUCGUACUGCUCGACAACGAGGCCAUCUAUGACAUCUGCCGCCGCUCCCUUGACAUUGAGCGCCCAACCUACACCAACCUCAACAGGCUUGUGUCCCAGGUCAUCUCAUCCCUGACUGCCUCCCUGAGGUUCGAUGGUGCUCUGAACGUUGAUGUGAAUGAGUUCCAGACCAACCUGGUGCCCUACCCAAGGAUCCACUUCAUGCUUUCUUCCUACGCUCCAGUGAUCUCUGCGGAGAAGGCCUACCAUGAGCAGUUGUCCAUGGCUGAAAUCACCAACAGCGCCUUCGAGCCAUCCUCCAUGAUGGCCAAGUGCAACCCCGCCAUGGCAAGUACAUGGCCUGCUGCCUAA